UAAGUGACGUAAUUUCCGGCGGGGUCCUCUCACUCUCGGACACAGAGAGCAGGUGGUGGGAAGCGAUCCUGUCUGCGGUGUGAUUCACAGUAUUAUCAACAAAAAUGUACUAUAAGGUCAGCGGAGUCACUGGGAAAUUAACGGGAGCGACUGCAGCGUCCGCUUACAGCCCGCAGGGGCUGAAGCCCACGGUUCCCUCUCAAGCUCCUCCCAUGAUCUUUGCUGUACCAACCAAGGUUGUUUCAGAGACCGGGUCAGUGGCUCACUACAUGGGAAUCAACAAAGUCCCUGAGCUGCAGAAUAUUUUCCAGAAAGCUGAUGGAGCACCGGUUCACCUGAAGCGUGGAGUCAUGGACAAAAUGCUGUAUAGGACCACGAUGGGCUUGACGAUUGGCGGCACCCUCUACUGUUUAAUGGCCCUCUAUAUCGCUGCCCAGCCCCGAAAACCAGAGUGACCCGCCCUGCUUGUGCCCUCUGUAAUUAUUAAAUAUAUUGUAAUUAUUAUGGUUGGAGUGAUGACAUAGACUUUUGUCAUUUUGCUCUAAAAGACUGUGACAGAAUUAUUUUAUUUACCCCAGUAUUUAGAUUUCACUCACUGGUUACACAAGUCUUGAUCAAUCUGAGAAGCGCCAUCUGAUUUCAUUGCAUAUGUACAUUUAUUACAUGAGAGUUUAUGGUAUUUGGUUUGGUCAAUCAUUAUCUUCUCAUUGUCGUUUGAUGGGUCCCUCUUUCUAGACAGUUAAUGGUCUGUUUUUAACAAUCAGGGAAAUUAAAAUAAUGCACACACUGAUGUACUGAUCUAUUUGCAUCCCUUUGUAUCUUUUAAGUAAAUAACAGCAAGCUUGUCAGCCUGUAAAUGAAGUCCUUGCAAUUUGUACCUAGCAGAAUAAAUAUUUUAUUUGUAAAAAGUGAACAA